AGGACCUGUGGUAUUAUUGAACGGUGAACUUUUUUUAUGGGAUGUUCCUCAGGGAGUUGGUAAUGGAUACGAUAGAGGUAAUUUAGGUGGCGUGUUUGAUGGGUGGAAAGAGGAUUUUCUAAAAAUAUUCGAAGUCAUUAUACCAAGGCCCGAACUUUUGAUCUUUGGGACAGGAAAAACCUUUAUUCCAAUUCCUUUGGAGGUGCGCAACUAUAUAUACAAAUUAGGAUUACAAAUAGAUGUCCUAGACACGGAUAAUGCCUUGGCAACCUUUAAUGUAUUGGCUGAGGAGGGACGAGAUGUCGCCGCCGUGUUCCUACCAAUUCGUCCUACGAACGCUCGGACUG